CCUUCUUUCUUCUCCAACUAAAAAUUUUAUUAUCCCUAUGCGCCUCAGAGAAUGAUGGAGGAGUCAUCGAAACACCCUGUUGCAUUCAAGAUAGGUCAGGCCUUCCACGGCCUCGAACUUUCCGAGCAACUACCAACAUUUAUACCUGAGGAGGCCAGCGAGGAUGAUACUUCAUCAGAAUAUGUGGAUAUCGUGCACGUAAUGGGAAUCUCGCGGCCGGAACGUAUGAGCUUGGAAGCCGUCUUCGGUGAUCACUUCACCUCUCACGCGGAACGACGAGAGUUCGUAUACCAAAGCAAUGCAAGUCAUUUUCUCUUAGGAGAUCUGACUGGGUACUAUGUGGAGAAAGAGGCACUGCAACUGUUAGCUGGGUUACUCCAGUUUCGACCGUCAAGCGUAGGGAAGUCUAGUUACAGUCGAUCUAUCAUCUUUAUCGCUUAUGAGCUGGGGGCCUUGGUUGUGGAAAGAGCUGUUGCGCUUUCUGGUUCUCAUCAAACAAUUUGGACCAGUAUAUUCACCGAUACUGUGAGAUUUGUGAGUUGAUCAUGGCGGUGUUUGACGAAACGCGAGCACUAGGUCUCAUUUUGACAUGGUGACAGAUUUUCGCGGGCUGUUUCCACCGCAGGACGGAUGCCCCCUCAUUCGAUGCCCGAAUAUGGAAGUUUCUAGAGACACACAAAACAGAAGAAUGGGGCCAUCUCAUCAGUCCAACUUCAAUCAGGGCGUUGGCGAAUACCGCCAUGGAAUCAA